AUGUUUAAAUUCAAAGGUUAUGAAGAAUGUUUUAUAUGUUUACUGUCCUUUAUGAUCUUCUACGUGAUCUGGAGCAUUUUUCAGUCCAACGGUGAUAUCACGCCCGAAACACAAACAAAAAAUAUACUUAUUUGGAAUGAAAAUCAGUUUCUGAGACACCUAUAUGAACAAUACCCAAUUUCCAAACUGCAAUGUCAGUCUAACAACUGUCUUAUAACAGAAAAAAAAUAUUAUUUCUUUAGUGAUUACCAAAGGUUCGAUGCAAUUAUUUUUAGCUUUCCACCACAUCCCUACCCAUAUAAUUUAGCAACACUUGACGUACCAGAUAACCGCUCAAAGUCUCAAGUCUAUAUUUUCUUUACAAUCGAAUCUGCUUUCAAUGUACCAGCGUGCGAACUGUACUUCGAUGACUUCUUCAACUGGACAUUCACAUCAAGACUAGAUUCGGACAUAGUGUGGAAAUACUUUGUCGUACAAAACAUUACAGGACAUGAAGUUGCACCGAGUGUAAAUGUUAACUGGGAAGUUAGCAAUGAACCUGUUAGCUCUAAAGUAAAAAUGAAUUGGGAACACAGAACCAAAGCGGCCGCUUGGUUAGUCAGCAACUGUGAGUCUGACAACUUCAGGAACGUUUACGUAACAAAGCUCCAGGAGAAUUUAAUUCACUUUUCUCUCAAAAUCGAUGUUUACGGACAUUGUAAUAAUGUAGAAUGUCCCAAUGAAGACUGUGAUAGUAUGUUGUCAAGAGAGUAUUAUUUUUAUCUGGCAUUUGAGAAUUCCUUCUCAGACGAUUACGUCACAGAGAAAGUACUCCACGGGUAUAAUAAUUAUGUGGUGCCUAUUGUGUUCGGCUCCUCUAAUUAUACUAGGUUUUUACCUCCUGGUUCGUACAUAAAUGCCCGUGAGUACCACCCAUACCACUUAGCCUUUUUGAUAAACGAAGCAAUGACAGACCAUUCAAAGUACGAAAAAUAUUUUACUUGGACUAAUUCUUACACCAUAGUAAGGAGUACCCCUAAAUAUAAUGAUUUGUGUAGUCUGUGUGACGCAUUGAACAGCGAGAAAGCUAAACAUGCACCUGUUUAUAAGAACUUGAGGCUGUGGUGGAACAAACCGAGCGGUAUGAAGUGGUGCUUAUCAAAUGAGUUCUUCAAUGAAACAACGUUAGAAAACACCAAUACCAACCAUCUUUUCCAAUUAUACUGA